GUUAUGUAAGAGGGCGGCGCCGCCAUUGGCCGGCGGGAUCGGGGCGGCCGGGACCUGCCGGCGCGGGGGGAGGCGGAAGCAGCGCGCAUGCGCAGUUCGGGGGCGCUGACUCCUCCAUCCUCCUCUCGGGCAGGCGGCGGCCGCGGCUGCUGCGGGGCCGCACGGAGCCUUCCCCACCCGCUCGCUAGCGCCUGGGCCGGCCGGGCUAGUCCGGAUAUGGCUCGUGGACAGCAGAAGAUUCAGUCGCAGCAGAAAAAUGCCAAAAAGCAAGCUGGACAGAAAAAGAAACAAGGACAUGAUCAGAAGGCUGCAGCCAAGGCUGCCUUAAUAUAUACCUGCACUGUUUGUAGGACACAAAUGCCGGACCCCAAGACCUUCAAACAGCACUUUGAGAGCAAGCAUCCUAAGACUCCACUUCCUCCAGAAUUGGCUGAUGUUCAGGCAUAAAGUUGUUUACAGGUGAAUUCAUGGCACCUAUUGACUCGUCUACAGUCAGACCUUACAUAACAAAUCUGCAGCUGCUUUUCUAACAAACUGUUGAUCAGCAAAAAUGAAGGGGUUACAGAAACAUUCAUAUUUUUAUGCUGUUCCCUCUUGAGCUUCAUGCAAAGACGAUUCUGUGUAAAUGUACAGUUGUGCCCUAUUUGGAAAUCCUGAAAACCAGUCCAUACUUGUUAUAAACAUUUUUUACAAUUGUAAUUAUACUGAUGUUCAUAUUGUGUAAAAUAACUCAUUUAAUAAAGUAGUACUUUGAUUUUUACAAUA